UGCAAACAACAAAUCGAAUUUGAAUUCCUUAUUACUCGUUCGGCUGCUUUAUUGGAAAGAUGGUUUUGCUAGAUUUAGCGAUAAAUAAUUGGUUUGUGCAAAUAUUUGUGUCUAUUCUUUCUCUUAUUUUGACAUGGAAGGCCUUGAAGUGGAUUACUUCAACAACAAUCGUAAACGGUAAUCCAAAUAGCAGAAGGUUGGAUUUCUUGGAGACAUUAACUGAAAUUUUGUCACAUUCAUUUGAUGGCAGUGGAAAUCUAUCGUGUUGUAUAACAUUAACAUCAAAAGAAAGUUUAUCUUUUGAACAUGUUCACGAUGCUUUAGUAUUGUUAGCAAAACGUCAACCAAUGUUACGAGCAGUGGUAUCGAUAAACAACGAUGGAGAACAAUAUUUUGAUAUCAGAAAUGUAGUAGAUGCCAUUAAGUUAUUUGAUAUUACAAGGUCUGAAGUUAAAAUAUCGGAUUGGAAAGAUAUACUGUACAAGUACACCUCUACCGUACAUAAAAGUUCUUUGCCAUGGAAAGCUGUUAUACUUCAAGAAGAGUUCGAUUCAACAACACAAGAAUAUUCAAAUAUGAUAAUGUUUGCAAUAAAGCAUUCAUGCUUUGAUGGUAUUGCUUGCGUCCAGUUUGUUCAGCAAUUUCUCAACAAUAUGAAUGAGAUAUCCAGUGGCGUCAGCAACGUGGAUAAAUAUGUAACAAGUUUGGAAUUAUUACCUAGCGCACACAGCUUGGUAAUACAAAAAAGAAUCAGUCAUUCUUUGUUUCGGUUCAUUGUUUCACAAUUUGGACUUCGUCCAAUAUUGGAGUUUCUUUUAGAGAAAAUGAUUUUUUACUGUCUUAAAAAGAAAGCAGUCAAUCCAUUCUACCAUAAGCACCCACCUCUACAACGUGAUAAAAUCCCUUACGAUAAACGUGAGCGGAUAAGUUUAAGAAUAUUUACCGAGCAAGAAACCAAGUCAAUUGUUGACGCAUGCAAAGACAACGGUUGUACAGUAACUGGAGCAAUAACAGCUGCUGUACAUCUGGCAUUCUACGAAUUAUUAAACGAGAAAUAUGAACAAAAAAUAAACACAGAAACAUUGCUUCCCAUUAACAAUCGUUCUUUAUGUGAUCCCAAAUCUCCAGAUGACUACCUUGGCGCUUUCGCUUACUUUCAAAAUCAUUGUUUCAAGUACUCACAUGCUAAUCCAGAAAACUUUUGGAUAAUGGCGAAAGAAAGCACAGCACAAUUAAAAGAGAUUUUGGGGAAAAAAACUUUUGUGAAAGAAUUAUCGUUCAUGAGUGUUCUUGAUCCAAACAUUUUGAGGAAGAUGUUAUUCGAUAAAGAUUCUUUUUUAAAAGGCAACAGUAAUAGUAUCUCCAGCUACGGCGUCUUCAAUUUUCAUCGUAAGCAGGAAGGAGAUCCAAUCACCUACACCUUGAAAAACUCUUACAUAUUUCCUAUUAUGCCAAAUGAAAACACUCUGUUUGCACAUUUCCCUUAUACAAUUAAUGGAAAGUUAACCUGGAUAAUAAAAUCUCGUACAACAAUUUCAGAAGCCCAUGCUCAAAAAUUUAUCAAUUCCUGUUUUGAUAUAAUACUUGCUAACUGCUCUAGUUCAAUGAAAAAAUAAGGCCAUGCGAUAACGACUGUAUUGUGUAAAUAUGUAAAGUAGUAUCGUCAAAAAAUUUGUGUCUUGGUCAAGCAAACAACUAUACAGAUUAUCGUGACUAUUUUUUCUCAUAAUUCGCUUUGCUUAAUCACAAAUGCUACUCCAUCCGACUUAUUUUCUUUCUGUAAAGAGUACAUGGAUGAAUAUCUUGUAAUCUAAUUUACCAAACUUGCUAAUUCUUGUAAUAGUAUUUGUAGUUUACGUUGAUCCUAAUCGAUAUUAUUAACAAUUCCAAUUAAACAUUUUUUCUUCAACUUUUAAA